GGCCGAGUCACACCGAACCGGACUGCCAUUCCAGUAAGUUACAUAUGUACAUUGAGAUGAUUUUGCACUGUUGAACACAGUGCAAAAAAAAGUAAUAAAUAACAAAACAUUUCAACGAGAGCAAACCAUUGAGGAUUCAUUUGCCAACGGAUGAGAAAAAUACGUAAAACUGUCAACGAUUUGUUCUCGUUUCUCGCGCCAUAGGCGGAUUAGCGGCUAAGACAAAAAGGAAUAGAGAAGCGAAAGAUCGAGCGCGAUUAUUGAAUCUCACAAAUAUACGCUUGUGUCGGCGUCGCAAUAAUUCCAAGUAAUUCGUGACAUGUAAACGUAUUUCGUUGAGUUGCGUGUGUCAUUCGGGAUAAUGAUUUCUCAUCACGCUAAUUGUACAUGAGGAAAUGCUAUGGUGAAGAAAAAGUGUAUGAAAUUCUGUCUCCUCGACCUUUCGCAACGGAUGGUGGCACUCGAAGAUGACUGACUCUACUUCUGCCGCCUCUACUUUCGUCAGAAUAAUCAGUAAUAUAGCCACGUUAUUGAAAUGUGUUGCACGGACAGCAUUUGUGAUAUUAAACAAUGUCUAUUGCAUACCUACAUAUGUACUAUGGAUGAUGUUAUUAUUUCCUGUAAAAAGAUAUCAACCUCAAGUAUAUUGGCGAAUCGAAGGCCUAUUUUUUCAUUGGCUGUUAGCAAUGGUAUCCAUGUGGACUUGGUCUGCAGGUUACGACAUAAUAGAACAAGGUGAUGACAUACAGAAGGUUAUAAAUGAGAAAACAUUAGUUAUAGCGAAUCAUCAGAGCACUGGUGAUGUUCCUAUAUUAAUGACAACAUUUAACACUAAACCAAAUGUUCUACCUAAUUUAAUGUGGAUAAUGGACAGAGUGUUCAAAUUUACUAAUUUUGGAAUAGUCUCUAUAUUACAUCAAGAUUUUUUCAUUGUUUCGGGACGUAAACGAAGAGAAGAAAGUUUAAAACAAUUAGAAAAACAUCUGAAAGAGUCGUAUAUACCAAGAGAUAGAAAAUGGAUGGUACUUUUUCCUGAAGGAGGCUUUCUGUGUAAAAGGCGAGAGACCUCGCAGAAAUAUGCUAAAAAGAAUAAUCUACCUAUUCUUGAAAAUGUAACUUUACCAAGAGUCGGAGCCAUGCAGGCGAUUUUUGAUACCCUCGGACCAGCAGGGAGUAAGAAUGCAGAUCAACAUUUGAAUAGCCGACCAAGUUUGACAGUAGUUAAUGCAGAAAUUAGUUGGGUUCUUGAUAUAACAAUAGCGUAUCCUCAAGGUAAGCCACUUGACUUACCUACCAUUAUAACUGGCUCGAGACCUCCAUGCGAGACCAAGUUAUUUUAUCGACUUUUCCCUAGUUCAGGGGUUCCUCGCGAACCAGAACAAUUAUCCAAAUGGUUAUAUGAUAGAUGGGUAGAAAAAGAAGCACUAUUGGAGCAUUUUUAUAAACAUGGAACAUUUCUUGACACAAACGGAUCAAAUAGAAGUUCCAAAGUACAUCAGGAUCCAUUAAGAUUCCUAGUCCUUCAUUUAUUUUUCAUAACAUCUAGUUAUAUACAUUAUAGCAUGCUUACGUAUGUGUUAUCUUACUUUUGGUAAGAUGUUUUUAUACGUCAUGUGUGCGGUUCACGACGGUCCAGUUUAAAGAAGAAAAUCACACAGUAACAAAGUAAGAUAUCCUUGCCUUAAACCAUUUUGAUGUUUAUGAGAAUAGCCUCUACUUGAAUGUACAGAUUAAAUUCGACAAGUAUAUUCUCAUAAUAAGGCGCUUAUAAUACUUAUUUUUGUUUAUUGCAAUAAUUGCAAAUGAUUAUUUAUAGUUAGUUUUGCGAGCGAUAUUUGUGUUCUUUGUUCUAAAACUAAGCUUUUAGACUUGAUUUCAAACUGUUGAUACAUUUUACAUUUAUUUGAAAUAACAGUCAAGAUAUAAUAAACCUUUCAUGAUUUAAUUUUUAUAAUUGCUAUCUUAAAUUUAUUUUAAAAAUACUCUAUCUAUAUUGUACAAAUAUAGAUUAUAUAGCAAACUUGCUUUUAUGAAUGAACAUAUUCAUAUAUCUUCAAAUUUGGUGAUGGAACAUUCUUAAAACGAAAUCGUUAGUGACGCGCCGAGCUGUAGAUUUAUUUUCUUCACAAAUAUUGUAGGAUACGAAAAUAUUUAAUUGUAAAUUUAGAUAAAUACACGCGCGUAGAAAUAAACGUCUUAUCUGUAAUAUCAAAUAUGUGAUCUCUUUUAUAGAGACAGCAUAAUGCUUUUUGCUGCAAAUUUGUGGGACUGCAUAAAAAUGUGGCGUUUAGAUUUUUUUAUCAAUAUUAGACGAUUUCACAUCUAUUAAUUUAUAUGAUCUUAUAAUGCAUA